AUGUAUGCACCUACGAGACCCAGUUCUAGCAGAGCGGGACAGGUCCCUCCCUGGAUGUGCGCCGACGAGCCACAGUAUACGAACUCGGAUAGCUCGUAUCCGGAGUCGACGACUGGUUAUCAGGCUCCCCCAGCGACAGUAGUGAGAAGCCUCGACGGGACUUAUAUCGGGGCCUUGAGGGACGACCUGGAGGACUUCGAAGAGAAGAUGACGCAACAGAAUAGCAGCCGGGAUCGAAGGAUCCUUGACUUAGAAGCACACGUGCACGGACUCCCAGAGGAGCUCAACCGCAUAAUAAAGCACAACAACAACACUACCUCGACCAAGGUCGUACGGGAAUUCGAAGCCAAAAUGACUGCCAUGAUCGCUGAGAAGCUCGACGUCGCCGACGCCGCCAUCGCCGACACGAAUUCGGCACUCCACACCAAGAUGAAGGACAUGAUGGACGCGAUAAUCGCGGACACCGUCGUGCCCCGAACCACGGAGCGAGUCCUGGAAUACGUCCAGAACGAAGCCAUGCCGCAGACCAAGCAGGAGUUGCAGGCCGAUCUGACGCGAGAAAAAGAAAUACUACCCCUCGACAGUCUCGCCAGCUACGUGACGCAAGGGGCCGAAGCCAGCGUGCACAAGCUGGGCGUCCAGCUCGAAGCGAGCCUGGAGGAAAGGCUGACGGCCCACCUCGAGGCCAAAAUCCGGGAGCAGCUGGAAACCGACAUGCGCGCCAAAUUCGAGGCCCUCGAGACCGAGAUGAAGGCCGAGCUGACGACCGCGUUCGGGACGGCCAGCCGCGGUUCCGCGUCGGACAUCAGACGCAAGGUCGAGGAGGACCUGCGUUCUGCGCUGAGACUGGAGAUCUACAUGGAACUGCAGGAGAAAAUGGAGGCCAAGUUCAACGCUCUCGAAUCCGGCAUGGCCGCCAGGAUCAGAGAGCUGGAGGAUCGUCUCGCCCUGGCCCUGGCCGAGGCCCAGGCGGACGAUGUGGUUGUGGUCGAGCGAGAGUAG